CUCUAUGUACCUUGUGACAACAACAACUCAUCCACAGAGCAGAGGCACACUUUUCUCCUCAUUUUCUUCCUGUCAUUCUCUCUCAAUCUUUCUCAGAGCCCUAAUUUCGGCACCGCACCUCUUCAGAUCCAUUCGCGCGUCGGCGGAGCGCACUCGUGGUGGAUUUCUGCUUCUUUGCGCUACUUUUGCAUACUGGCUCUCCUUCCCGUCUGAACUUAUUUGAUAGGUGCAGAACACCAUGGCCGUAUCGGCAGCUCUGAUUCCCCCAUCGUCUCUGCUUCAUUCGUGUCCGAUCUCAACUUCUUCGUCAGCAUCAUCAGCAUCAUCAUCAUCAUGCUCCGCGACCGCAGCAUCAUCAUCCUCGCCUUCGGCCACUUCUGCGUCUCCUUCUCAGUCAGCGACCCAGAAUCUGUUCCGCGCGGAUCUGAUCAGCACCAACACCAGCAGCAUCCCACUGGCCGGCAAGCCCGUGUAUUCUACCCCGUCCCCUGUUGAAAACACCCCGCAGAAUAAUGAGUGUCGGAUGGUGGAGCUCAGGGGCGCCAAGGUGGCCUCUUUCACGGUGGACGGACAGGAGCUCAUCUGCCUACCCCAGGCGUUUGACCUGUUUCUCAAACACCUGGUCGGGGGUCUGCACACCGUCUACACCAAACUCAAGCGGCUGGAGAUCACGCCGGUGGUGUGUAACGUUGAGCAGGUCCGCGUCCUGCGCGGACUGGGGGCCAUCCAGCCCGGGGUCAACCGCUGCAAACUCAUCUGCAGAAAAGACUUCGAGACCCUCUACAACGACUGCACUAAUGCCAGCUCAAGACCCGGGAGGCCUCCAAAACGAACCCAGAGUGUAACAUCACUGGAGAACCCUCACAUCAUGCCGCAUUCUGUGCCGGGCCUUAUGUCGCCGGGAAUCAUUCCCCCCACAGGCCUCACAGCGGCCGCUGCAGCAGCUGCGGCUGCCACCAAUGCUGCCAUCGCAGAGGCCAUGAAGGUAAAGAAGAUCAAGCUGGAAGUGAUGAGCAGCUACCACGGAAGCAACACCCAGCACGGGGCAGACCCAGAGAACGGAGACCUCAGCUCCAGUGUGGGUGAGUCACCAUCCACCAGCAGCGUGACUCACACUGGAUGCAGGUCUGGCACUAGCACACGUCUCAAGUGGUCAGGCUUGGAACUGCCGUUUAUGAUGAUGCCCCACCCCCUGAUCCCUGUCAGCCUGCCUCCCGCAUCCGUCACCAUGGCAAUGAGUCAGAUGAACCACCUCAGCACCAUCGCCAAUAUGGCCGCCGCAGCACAGGGACAGAGUGCCCCAUCCCGAAUGGUGACAUCAGUGAUUAAGGAACGGGUCCCCGACAGUCCCUCCCCUGUUCCCUCUCUGGAAGACGGCAGGAGGCCGGGGAGCCGUCCCUCAUCCCAGCGCAGCAGCAGCGUCUCCAGCUCUCCCGCACACACGGAGAGCUCCUCCGACAGAAUGCCUGUGCAUCAGAAUGGACUGUCAAUGAACCAGGCGUUACUGGGCCUGUCUCCCAGCAUCUUACCUGGGCCUAAAGAGGGCGAUCUGGCUACUCAUGACAUCAGCCACGAGGCCAAGAGAAUGCACCUGGAGAAAGAAGAAACCCCCAUGUGCACGCCAACAGCAAGAGACUGUUAUGAGAGGCUCUCGAUGGCGGGUCAGACUUUACCUCCAGGAUUCCCCUCACCCUUCCUAUUCCCUGAAGGCCUGUCAUCUAUAGAGACCCUUCUGACUAACAUCCAGGGUUUGCUGAAGGUGGCAAUUGAUAACGCCCGUGCUCAGGAGAAACAAGUGCAGCUGGAGAAGACGGAGCUGAAGAUGGAGCUGUUUAGAGAGCGUGAGCUCAGAGAAACACUGGAGAAACAACUGGCUGUUGAGCAGAAGAACAGAGCGAUCAUUCAGAAGCGAUUGAAGAAGGAGAAGAAAGCGAAGAGGAAAUUGCAGGAGGCGCUGGAGUAUGAGUCAAAACGGCGAGAGCAGGCGGAGCAAUCCCUGAAACAGACAUCACCCACAGAAAGUCUCAGAUCACUCAAUGGUCUUAUGAGAUGUGUCGAGGAUAAGGAAUUUGCAGUAUUGAUGAAACUCAUUGACCCAGGAGAUAGAGACUGACCGCAGCAGUGGCAGAACAGAUGCUGAGAGGACAAUACAAGCAGAUGGAAGACUUUUUCUGAAAACCACAGUGAUGUACUAACACCAUGGCGUUGAAGAUUGGCGGCGUGUAUCUUAUGAAGAUUCUCCAGAGUCCCUUUGCAGGGUAAUUUAGUUACAGAAACAGGUCAAUCACUCAUAGAGGUGCAUCAAGGGUUUAUGCUUGGACUGAUGUGGAAGAUGGAUUGUGUCCGAAUGUAGUAUUAGGACUCUUUUUCUCACUGAUAUAAACGUUACUUUAUGCCAGAUGUGGAAUUGGAUAUGAUAAGCUGGCUAAGGCAACAAUUUGAGCACAGUAAAAUGUACCAUUCGGUACACCUGGUGAUAAUAUUUACAACAAAUUCACAGCACUGAAGAUUUUUUAUACUGUAUUUAAACCAGCGAGAAAGCUUUGAAAAUUAAAUCUGAUUCAGAAGUUUGGUUUUGUAUUAAAAAAAAGGGGAAAAAAACAUAAAUCCUUAAUGUCAUUACUAUUUGCCAAGAUGUUAAAGAUUCAAACUUGGAGAAGAGCCUCUGAAAAUGUGAAUUUGAAUAUAUGUUGAUCAACAUAAAAGACUAAUAUUUGCUUUUAAUGUUUUCUAAACUAGAAGAAAAAACAAUCAAGUUUCAUUUCUAUCAUUAUUGUAUAUAAAAGAACAGAAGAUAGGUUAACUCACUCACUUUGGUAUUUGUAUAUAAUGUUAAAAGUUGGUAUUGUGUAUACAGUAGAUCUAUUAGGAGAACAAUACCAAUGUUUAUAUUGAAUUUAUAGAUUUGGUUUGUUUCUGAGCCAUCGUUCUUUCAGUCCGCUGCCACUAUGGUGAGGAAGCAUGCAGGCAUGUAAAUGUGUUGUCCUGAAUUCAUGUUAUUCAAUAAAUACUUAACUGUGCUGAGCAAA